AGCUGUGCUCCAUCUGUACUCUGUGCCGUGAAAAAACAUUUUGGUCGUUUUGCUCAAAUUAAUUAUUCCAAUUUCGUGAAUGAAUAACGAUGCGCUAAGCACAUAAGUUGCGCUAGUUUAGUUAAGUUUUACUUCAAUAUUGAUUUUAAAGAAGCAGCAAAAAAUGCCAGUUGACCAGAUUCAAUAUUCCGAAAGGUAUACUGAUGACGUUUAUGAAUACAGGCAUGUCAUAUUACCACCAGACAUCGCAAGAUUGGUUCCAAAGUCUCACCUUAUGACAGAAACUGAGUGGAGGAACCUUGGUGUCCAGCAGAGUCCUGGAUGGCUGCAUUUCAUGGUCCACAAUCCAGAGCCUCACGUACUGCUCUUCCGGAGGAAGCGCACUGAUGUUCCAAUAGCGAAUGGUCUGGAUGUCAAAAGUGGAUCUAUGAUACAUGUAGGAUCCAAGUGAGAAUGACUAGAACCUUUUACAAUUACAAACUGACUCAUAAAGUGCAUACUUACAUAUACAUACUUUAAAAUCCUACCAGAAAUUUCUACCUCUUAAUUUCACUUAUUUAUAAAAAGAAAAGACAAUUAGUGUUCAUAUUGUGAUGAGUGGUCAUUUUGUUGUCAAAUGACAACAAAACCCAGUAAAUCAACCGUAAUGAUUUACUGGGUUUCCGUAUUCAUAACAGAAUAGUUUAAAGUUUAUUAUAUGUAUUUUCAGGUGUUUAACACAAUUCAUAAAGAACUGUCUUAUGUAUGUAUGCAUGCACCAAUACUUCUUUUGCCAGAGUGAAUAACAAAGUUACAAAUUCAGGUUUCUUUGAGAAACAUUUAGCAAGUAAUAUAAAUCUAACAAGAUAAUGCAUAUUUACACGAUAACUGCGAGUUUCAAGCAAGAACAAAACUAAAUAACUACUUUAGCAUAAAACAAAUUAUUUAUGAUAAAAGCUUAUGUUAUUUACUCGGACAUGAAGCUAAAGACAAUGACUUUAUGGAUAGCAAUAAUUUGCUAAGCAUUUAUCUGUCUCAAUGCCUACUUAUUAAUACAAAGAAAAGUUUUGGACUUGGCAGUUUGUUUUGGUUCACAUACUAUAAAUGUGACAGAAACCUUGUGUUUCUAGUCUAAGCCUCUGCCUUCUUAAUAUAGGAGUCCAAAUGUUCUGAUUAGUUUGUGAUAAGAUUGCAGAAGUUAUUAAUAUAAAAGAGGGUCUUUCAAUAAGGAUGCACAAUCCUUAUCAUUAGAUAAUAAAGUUUUGAAAUUCACAUAAUGGUUAUAUACAUAAAGCAUGGGGGUAUGCUUUACUUUGACAUUAAGUGCCUUACUGUGUUGUUUCUCUUUUCUGUAUCACACAGUUGUCCAUGUAUGCCUUUAUAUAGUGAAAUAUCAUUUUAUUAACUUAACCUUUGCAUGCCGGAAUGUUCAUCUGUGCCAAAAAUAAAUUGUCUGGAGAUGGAGGCAUAAACGAUAAGAGGUUAAAGCAUUGUCUUUGUGAGACCGUUGAUUCUUAAUGUUUCACUAGGUUACCAUAUUACUUAAGAUCAUUAUCUAUUCUGUUGUUGGCUAUUUAGUAACAUUUUACUAAAAUGUAUAUGUACAGCAUUUGUGCCUGAAUGAGUGAUCAUUAUGUAGUAUGUAGUGCUGCCUUGUCGUUAGCAUUAGUUGACCUUACCAGUCAGUUGACAGAAACCUAGUCUACAAACAUAACACACUAGCUGACCCGGCAAACAUUCCUGCUGCCUAAUAGUCAGUGAAUGUGGUCAUCUUAAAAUUAUUAAGCUUAAUUGAAUGCAUGACUAGGCUAUUGCCUUCAUUCAAGGAACAUAACUUAGUGUUAAAACGCUGCGUACUGCUUAAAUCUAUAAAGUGGUGUUGGUUAAUACAUGUGUUGAAGGGAUUUCUAUUCUAAUUAAUGAAUAUUUAAUUUCCUUUCUAUGUGGUAUUCGAAAAUAAUAAGUGUUUGCUUUUUAUACCUACUAACACCAGGUGUUGUUCGUUUAAUCAACAUGGGAAGUGACAAUAAUCUAAAAUAGCCGUUUUUAACUUGUAUUUUCACAAUUUUUUUUACUAAGAAUCAGUAGGCUCGGUAGCUAGUUAUGUGAAAUUGGCAGAAUUGUGGGAAAAUUACAGUUGAGCUAUUAUAGACAGAAGAAAAAUCUUACCUGCUGCUUAGAAAUGUUUCUAGUACAAUUUUUUUAAGAAGAAUGCAACACAUUACCCAAGAGUAGUCACAUGUAACAUCAAUAAAAAAUGCCUCUUAAAGUCUCACUCUGCAUUCCUAUUUGAAAGACCCAUUAUUUGUUUACUUACAAAGCUGCUGACUGAAGAUUUUAGAUUCCUUAAAGCUUAAUGCAAUGUUAUAUUAACUGUGCCUUAUGGAAAACUGAAAUGUUGAUGAUAUUAUAGAUAAUUAAAUAACUUUAUGUUAUAACUUAUAAGUAAAUACUAUUAUACCAAAUGCAUAAAAUAUUUCCUGUCUUUUAAUUACUUAAAUAAAUAAGUAUUUCUAACACUCACACC